AUGACAGAUCCAGUAACUGGUUUGUCCAGAGGCUAUGGAUUCGUUCGCUUCUUGAAUCAGCUUGAACAACAACAGGCUGUCCAGGAAAUGAACGGUAUUAUCUGUGAUAGUAGACCGAUUCGAGUCUCAUUUGCCACUCCAAAGACAAACAACGCCCAUCGAUUUGACUCAAAUCAGCAUCAGCAACAGCAACAGCAGCAACAGCAGCAGCAGCACCAACAGCAAAAUGCAAGAUACAUUCAAUUGGCAUUGCAGGCACCUGCUCUAGUUCAUCAACCUACUGACCCCACCAAUACUACUGUAUUUGUAGGCGGUUUGUCUUCUCCUGUCACUGAAGAGGAAUUGGGCCAGUACUUUUCGCCAUUCGGUGAGGUGACUUAUGUAAAGGUACCACCUGGUAAAGGAUGCGGGUUUGUUCAGUACGUUUCUCGUCAAUCAGCAGAGCAAGCCAUUGAGAGAAUGAAUGGAUUUUUGAUUGGGACAUCUAGAAUCAGAUUAUCAUGGGGUCGAUCUCAAGCUGAUAAAACUUUUUCGUCUGCUUCUACUGCCACCACUACAGAAUUGAAGAGUCCAUCUACCAAUACAACAUUAUCGUCAUCCACCAACAACACGAACCCUAUGCUUCAGCUCUCUUCCUUCCGUCCGUUAUCACCACCUUCCAGCCUGUUGUAUGAUCAUCCGCAAUCAUUAUUUCGAUCUGCUAGUACUGGAAGUGUAGAUUACCCCACGAAUAACGAUUGGCUAAUGGGUAUUACCAAUGACUACCCAAAGGACGGUAAUAGCAACCAGUAUCGACCCAAAGAAUGGCAUUUGGAUGAUUUGCUUUACUAA